AGUCGGAGGGACAAAUAAUGAUUUUGUGGAAUGUAACCGGUCGGAUCACUUCCGUAACAGACUGGUUUAGCAACGAUCUGAAACAUUUUUCUAGAAGAAAAGUACUCAUUAAGUUUCACAUUUUUAACAAGAAAUGGCACUGAAACGAAUUAACAAAGAACUGCAGGACCUUGGCAGAGAUCCACCAGCUCAAUGUUCAGCUGGACCAGUAGGCGAUGAUUUAUUUCACUGGCAGGCAACUAUAAUGGGCCCACCUGACAGUCCAUACCAGGGUGGUGUGUUUUUUCUCACUAUACAUUUUCCUACUGACUAUCCUUUUAAGCCUCCAAAAGUUUCAUUUACAACAAAAAUAUAUCACCCGAAUAUAAACAGCAAUGGUAGUAUUUGUUUAGACAUCUUGAGGUCACAGUGGUCCCCAGCCCUGACAAUAUCAAAAGUGUUGCUGUCUAUUUGCUCACUUCUCACGGACCCAAACCCAGAUGACCCACUGGUGCCCGAAAUUGCUCGAAUCUUUAAAACAGAUCGAACAAAAUACAACAACACGGCGAAAGAGUGGACAAAGAAAUAUGCACAAUAAAGAAGAGAAGUCUAGUGUGAUAGAUUGAAAGUGUCUGCAUAUUGAGUUUUAUUAUCAGGAUGUUGUUGUUUUUUCCUGGCCUCAAAAGCAGUCAAAUCUGUACAGGAGUUGUCUCAUUAUGAAGGAAAAUCAAAUGCAAAAAAUUCAAAGUUAUAUUGUUACAAGAAAUAAAGAUGGUGUUGUACCUGAUUAUUAGUAUAUGGGCACAACUGAAUUUGAACAGGACUUCUGAUUUACAUUAUUUAUUGUUCUGGUGUACUGGUCUGCUUGUUGAAUGCUCUCACAUCUGCAGAAAUGUUCUCAAUUGUAUCAAACUUGUAUAGCCAAAAAUCCUAGCUGUCCAAAACAAUUUUUUUUCUGUUAACACAUGUUAAAGAUUUGUAGAGAUGUAUAACAUGGUCAGUAUUUUGAAUAUUUUCAAAUGAAAUGCAAACAAGAAACAUCAUUGCUCAUUACAAUUCCUUCUGUUUCCAUAAGAAGUUAGUGUUUGUUCACUUCUUCAUCUAAUUACCGGUAACUUUUACAUGGAAAUGUUGUGUAGCUAAAUUGAAAGAUUUUUUGUUCUAGUAGGCAAAAUAUCUGUUGUAGUAAAUAAGUAUAUACAUGUCUUUUUUCAAGUGAUGAUAUACUGUUAGUAUGCAUGUAAUUAUUUAUGCCUUUAUUUGUAUACAGCAAAACUAUGAAUAUUAUAAAAUUUUAUCAUUUAUUGAAUCAACCAGUUACAAUAGGCUGAAAAAAGUAAGCCCAAAGCUAUGGUAGAGAUUGGGAAUUUGUGUGGUAGAUCUUCAUAAAAAGCUAAGUUUAAAGAUAAAUGUUCAGUAUGUCUGUGCGAAGUACAUUUUACUUUGUCUUUCUUCUUAGUGGCCACAGGUUUCUCUCUGAACCCGUUUUUUGUUAUUGUUCAAUAUUCAAUGGAAAUAAUUAUUAUUGAGCUUGCAGAAUUAAAACUUGGCACUGCACAUAUCACAUAACUUACUUUGAUUAUUGAUGAUAUUAUUGUUCACUUGAUUUUACCUACAAAAGGAAUUUAUUUCAUUUUUCCAAAUCAUUUAUAUUAUGUGUGGUCUUAGAUGAGAAUAAAAUUACUGGUUUGAUAACAUAGUUGCCGUGUGCAUACACAAAACAUCUUUGUAAUUAAAUUAAAAUUCAGCCUGUAAAACGUCUAUACAUAUAUAUAUAUAUAUAAAUAUAUUUAAAUCCACAUUGCAGAGCAAUCACUGUUUUGACGAGCCAUGUUGGUUGUCACUAGUUAAAAGAAUAAUGUGUGAAAUAGUCAAAAUCGAAACUAAUUGUAAAAAAACAUUUUGUUAACAUAUACAAUGUACUAUUAUGUUACAGCACCUGGUAUAAAAAAAAUCCAGUUUGAUACAAUUUUACCGGCAACUUGUGUCAGAAGCCAUACAAUUUGUAGCUGUUUACCUGUUGUUUUGUGCUAAACCUUUGUGCUUCAUCUUGGAAGGGUUCCUGAUAAUAAAUUUCACGUGACUGUU